AUGGAUGCAAGAAAAAUCUCUAUAAUGUUAAUUCUACUUAAUAUUUCAGCAUAAGAAUCUGAAGCUGUUGAAAAUUUUGUAUAAUUAAUUGAUAUUAUUUUAGGUUAGAAAUACUUAAAUAUUCAUUAAAAGAUAAAAGAUAAAUCUAAUAAAAUAAACUUUAAUAAUAAUAAUAAGAUCCAAAAUACCUAGACUAUUUAAUAAAAAACAAAACCAAAAAAGGUUAAUCAAACAAAAAAUGAUUCUUUCAAAAUAAAAAGUGUUUGAUACCAAGAACAUAGAGUCAAUCAUCAACAAAAUUAUUUGGAAAUUCUUCAAAAGCUCCUUAAGCACAAGUUAAAUAAUUAAUUCUACUUUAAUCCUAUGA